AUGAUUAUUUUUCUUCACAGGUACCAAUGUUCGGAGUGUGACAAGAAGUUUGCCACCAAGGUCUACCUCAAGACACACUUCGAGUUCUUCCAUCUCAAGCUGUCCAAAUUCAAAUGUCAAGUGUGCGAUACGCUGCUGAUGACGAAGUGGAAGCUCAAAAACCACAUGCAGCUGUACCACGGGCUGGAGCGGCGCCGCGACCACGCGUGCGCGGAUUGCGGGAAGAAGUUCUUUACAUCAGCGACCCUCAAGAGCCACCAGCUGACGCACUCGUCGGCGCGCUUGUUCAUGUGCGCUGUGUGCGGCGACACGUUCAAGCAGCGGCCCUCGCUCUACACGCACGUGCGCCGCACGCACAACCACCAGAAAACAUAGGAGUGCAAUGUGUGUGGACAUGAAUUUGCAAAAAAAAGUGCAUUUUGACAGUGAUUUGCGCAGUUUUAGUGUGCGAAUUUCGAGAUUAAUAGUGUCUAAUGGUAAGCGCCAUAGUCCAAUCAGCGGCCCUCGCUCUACAGGCACAACAAAAUAUUAGUGUAAUAUGUGACAAAAUGGAUUUGAAAUACUUUAUGUUAAGAGCGGUUUGGGCAGUUUUGUUGUGCAAAUUUCGAGAUU